AUGGCCAACUCGGGCAAAACGGUCAGUUUCGCCCCGCAGCCCAUGAUGGAUAGCACCUCCAGGCCAGGGCUUAGCAUGAACAUCUCUGUUCGCCAGGAUGUCAAAAUUCAAGGUGCUAUCGAUAAUGCCAUUAAGGUUCUCGUUAGAAAGGGAUUUACGGAAGUGGACGCCCACGACCUGGUAUCUAGCAUCAAGAAGCCUCAUGAUGAGAAGUAUAGAGCCCUUGAAAGGGAGUAUUUUCUAGUGAGAGACCGAUGUAAUUUCUUGGAGCAGCAAUUGAAUUUAGGUCGGGACCUGGCCCCAGAAGAGUUGAUAAGGACAAAUACUGUAGCACACAUAGAUGAUUCUUAUGCAGGUGAGCCCGUGUUUGCUCCUAGUUAUAUAGGUGGAACAACACUUCCUCAGUCAAUUACAAAUCUUAAUGCUGGCUUCCAACGCGAACUAGAGGCUCUCCGAGAAGAGAAUAAAGUUCUUAUUUUAGAGAAAGAUAGCAUUACUGAGCGUCUGAAGGAGCUUGAGCAGGAGAGAGAGAAGCACUUAGAAGCAGAUGCUCACCUCCAGAUACUCGCUAACAAGAUAGAAAACUAUAAGGCGCUACUACUUACUAAGGAAAACUAUGCUGCAGAAAUAGACGCAUUGACACAUGAGAGAAACGACCUUGCUGCAGCUCUAGAAGAACUCAGACGCAACGGCCUUCAAACAGACUCCCACCACGAGUCUCAGGAUAGUCCUAAAGUCAGGGUCAAUGAAGGAGUUGGCACAGAAGACUUGGAACCUGCAAUGUCCCAGAAACUCUCUGAGCUUAUCAAGCUAAACCAGGAGCUCUAUGAAGAAAACCAGAUCUUGGCUGCAGAAUUGGAUAGAGUUUAUUCUGAAAAUACUGGCAAGUGUCCAGGCGGCCAGGACGAAGAGAACAAGGAGAGUGUGCCAAAGAAAGUUCCCCUUAAGGUACGCCUAGACGUUUCAUCGAUCACACCAGAAAGCAUAACAUUUGGGAUGACUGAAAAACCAAUCAAUGCAGCAAGCACUUUGCAAUCUACUCGUGGGGGAAGAGCGAAGAAUCACCAACCAAUCAACCUCACGGAGCUAACUAUAGACGCUGGAACAGCGAGUAACUUCAGGGCGACAGACUUCUUUGACGAACUAGCAGCUGAGGAAAGCCAGGUCUGCCCGCCAAGAACAGAGAUUCAGGUCAUGAUGAAUAAUCCGGGAGAUCCUGCUGCUGUGGAUAUAACCCGAACGUCUUCUGCUGUGUCUCCGGUUUCUCGUGGGGGUGUCGAUUAUGGUGAUUCCAAAAGUAUCUCUCCAGCCUAUCGGCAGGCUAUGGCAGACACCCCAAAGAAGCCCGUUCCUCUCACUGUUAGUCCAACUACAGGCAAAGACACAGGACCGGCAUUACAACGAGACCCAAAGGUCGAGCUUUCAGAAACUCAGAUGGCAGAGCUUGCUCAGCAGCUGGCCAUGCUGGAAACAGAAAAAAUCAACGCGGUCCGAGAGAUUGAGCAGAUCGAAACUGCCUACAAAGCAUUACAAGACACACAUGAAGAUUUACGGAGGCAAUAUGACGAGCUUGUCCGCAAGUACGCCAUUCAGGAGAAUAGAAUCAACCAGCUUGAGGAGACACACCUGCGAAUGCAGGAACUAUUCAAUAUGAAGUCUCCAGACCGGCAUAUUUCAAGCAUUGAUGUCAGUCAAUCUUCACAGCAGGAAAAAAACGCAAGACCCAUUCGCCCCUUGGUGCGGAUCCGUGAAUCUGACUUGGAUGUCUGUGACCUCACGAGUUCAGGGCAUCAUAUAACCGAAGGAGAAAGGUUCUUAGAAGAUCCUCCAUCCACAUCUACCCAGUCUUUUGCAGAGUUACCAGAUGGAGAUAAUAAGACAGGGAAGGUAAAGACUGUCUUAGUGUUGAAGGAGAAGUGCUCGCAAUUAGAAUCGCAGGUCAACUUUGCGGUGAAAAAGGCCAACACUCUAAUGCAGGAAAAGCGUGAUUUGGAAGAAGAACUCGAAGAGCUUGAUGAGCAAUAUAAAAGAUUGGAGGCUACCAAUAAAGAGCUAAUUGCAGAGAUAGAUCGCCUCAAGACGCUUCUCGACAAAGCUCAAGCCGAGGUUCUGCUGUUUAGAACCACCAACGACGGGAUUAGAAAGCAACUGAAGGAGCUACUCGUUAAUUCUGCCUAUUCAACCACAUCGGCUUCCAAAGAGGUAGCUCGUACCAUGACCAAUACCACUCCUUUGACCACUCUUUUGGUAGAAGAGACACGAGAUCUGGGCGAGGCCGUUCAUAACAACUCACCUGGCAAGGUUUUUGCAGAGGACGAUGUUAAUAAAAUGGUGACUGAAUUGGGUGUAGAGCUCGUAGCACUGCGAGGAGAAGCUGACAAGCACCAGGAGGCAGCCACAGUAUUUGCCAAUGAAAUCAGAUCUUUGCAGGCCAGGAUAGACUCUCUUUAUGCAGAAUCAGCAGCGAAAGACCACACUUUGAAUCAAAAGACAGAGGAAAUUAAGGCCUUGUCUGGCAAAGUAGUAGAGCUUCAAGCAGAGAUUGACAGGCUCAAUGUCUGUAUUGCAAAGCUUCACACACAGACGGCUGAGCUAGAUACUGUCAACGCAACCAACAGAGAAUUGACAGAACAAAUACGGCAGCUGACAGCUCAAUUAGAUAGGUCUAAAAUCAAUCAGACAGACAAUAAUAAUCAGCAAAAUGAGAUGAAGCAAGCGACGGAGCUUCCUGUGCCCAAACGGCGUUCGGUUUCUAUGGAAACAGAAAAGGUAGCUACUAAUGAUGUUUCUCUUCUUGUGUCUAAUAACGUUACAUCUGUUCCUACAACGUUAGCUGGUGUAGAUUUGUUAGAGAAGAGCACGGUGAGCCGAUGUCCAGAUUGCAGUACUAAUAGAGAGAUAAUUGAUAGAUUAAUUACUCAGAAUGACCAGGCUGCAGUGCAAAUCUCUGAGCUUCAGGAACAGCUGUCCAGCAUGGCCUCAACAACUGACAUGUGUGCUCUUCUACAGAAGGAAAACCGGGACUACGCUGCAUCAAAUCAGCAUCUGACUCUUCAGUUAGCAGAAGUAGAGCAAGCUUAUAAGCAUACUACCGAGCUAAUUUCUAAGUACGAAAAUCAGAUACGUCACUUGAAAGAAGAAAUGUCCUCCAUGGAAAAGCCUCUCCCUGUGGCUUCCACUGCAAUGCUCCACAGACCUGUUGUGCCUACAGAGGAAAGAUGGACACAACCUAACCAACUGGUAACGGUCACACAGGGGGUCCAAGUGGACACUCAACCCUUCGUAUCCACCUUCUCAGAAAAAGAGUCCGGUGGCGAAGACCCAGCAGCGUCUUCUGCUUCCCUGACAAUAGAUAGAUUCUUGGAGUCUAUAGCUAAGACAAAUCGCAUAUUGGGACUAGAGCAAGAGCCAGUUACCAUUGUCGACGACGUGAAGAACUCAACUACCACACUUGCACGCCUCAUUGAUCAGCACACAGCACGAAUGGAGAAGCGGCUCAACGAAUACGCUAAGCUCGUCAAUCUUCAAGCGCAAUGUAGUAAGGAUGAUCAACAGGUUCGGAUUUCCGAGCAGGCCUUUAGUGUAGAGAGUGCUCAGCUAAAUCCCACCAACUACCCCUGUAAAACGGGUCUCUCUCUAGACGUCAUUGCGACGCUGCAGAAUGAGCUUCGGCUUAUUUCUGAUCAUGUUCGGACAAAUAACGAAAACAUUUCUUCUGUAGCACGCACCACUGAACUUGCAUUUAACAGAGUACGGAAAGCACUUGCUACUCGUACACCCGAGCAGUCUCAAAAGCAGGAUGCUCACACAGAAAAUGCGGCAUCUCCAGAGCUCCUCCUGUAUGCGGAUCUCCUGCAGGCGCUUCUUGAGAACAUCGUCCGCCUCAAUAGCAGACUAGAUACGAUGGAGCAAGACCGGCAAAGCCUUAUUGUUGACUUAGCUCUACAUCUUGGACUGCCGCAGUCUACAAACGAGACAGCUCUCAAAGAGUACAUUCGAGAUUUAGCCACGGCAAAGACAACCAUCGACCCUGGUGUUUUGAUAGAAAAUAUAGCAGAUCUGAAGAAGGGGGUAUUAGAAACAAAUGUUCAGCUUCAAGCUUGGGAAGAACACGUGCGGGAACACGUGCGCGCAGCAUCUGCUCCUAUUGCUGCCAACGCCCUCGCUAUUUUGGACCAUGAUAAAAGCGCGUCGUUAUCAGGUGUCAAGGCAGAUGCCCUAGCCUUGCAGCUGUCUAAUAUAGAUGUUAAACAAGCACAUGAGCAGUCUAGUCAUCAUACAGAGGGCACGGUACCAAAUACAGUGGAGCACAUCUUGCAGCAAAGCACGUCACACGACAUACGGUCCGCUCAUGAAAGCAUCCAGCAGACACUGAAGAGUAUAGUUGACGCCACGAGCAACUGCAACGAUGCAAAGCAAAAGUACUUGGAAGAGCAAAUUGAGAUCCUCGAGGUAGAGAACACACGCUUUAAAGAGUACAACGCUAGCUAUGUGAAGAAGCUCGCAGAGCAGACGGAGGAGAUAACCCGCCUGCAGAGCAUCAAUCAUCAGCUUUCUCUGAAGAUUGCUGAGCACAAUUCGUUUCAAGAGCAGAUCCAGAUGGCAGAACACACCAGACAGGGCAUUACAGAGCAAAUUCGAAACGUUCGUUCGACACUCAUCGAGAUCAAGACCUGUAUUCAGAGUGAUCGCAGUGAUGGAGAGGAAAACGCUACUGCUCCAACGAAGGAGAGCAAAGGAAUUGAAGCAGUGGAAGAAAAGCUUAUAGAGCUGACGGAAAGCGCCUGCAAUUGGCGCCUGAAGUAUGAAAAGGCUAACGCAGAAAGAAAGGAGAUGCGGGCGCGCGCGAGGACAGAAAACGCACUACGGAUUAAGGUCGAAAAGGCACAUAAAAAGUUGGAGCGUAACUUUGCACAGCUUCAGACUCAGCUGAAAGAAGGAGCCGAGUCUCUUGCAUGGCUCAAGGCCGCAACUGCACGGUACAUCGAAGCCGUCCAACAAGAGCUUGAUAGAAUCAACGGGCUGCAUCUAGACAGGGAUUAA